UAAUAAUAUAUGUGUAAAAAGUUUAUAUUUUAAUUAAAAUGAUCUAUAAUAAAUUAUUUCUCAGAUAUGUAGUGAGGAAUAAGACUUUAGUGUUUAAAUAUUCCGUAAUAACUAAUGAAAAAUUGAAUGGGUGUUGUUUAAUACCAAUUUUGGAAAGAAAUCGAUUAUUUCACACUAAUCAAAAUCUUUGUAGACAACCUCAAACUCUCGUAAAAUAUAUGUUUGAAAAUGCAAAAGAAAAAAAGAAAGAGACUUUUCUUGAAAUAAUAAGAACUUAUGAACAGGACAAACAUAGAAGAGGACAAAUAGAAUUUAUUAAAUUAGCUUUGAAAUAUAUGAAAGCUUAUGGUUUACAUAGAGAUCUUGAAGCUUAUAAAGCAAUAUUAAAUAUCUUUCCAAAAGGACCAUAUAUUGCAAACAAUUAUUAUACUGCUGUCUUUAGAUAUUAUCCAAAACAUCAAGAUACCGCUACAGAUGUAUUAGAACAAAUGGAGAAGAAUCGAGUAAUACCUGAUAGAGAAGUUGAAACUAUUCUUUUAAAUAUAUUUGGUAAACAUGCUGAUCCAUUGAAAAAGGUAUGGCGAAUGUUAUACUGGAUGCCUAAGUUUAAAAAUGUAACCCCUUGGCCAGUUCCAAAACCAAUACCUACAGAUCCAAAAGUACUUGCAAGACUAGCAAUACAAAAGAUAAGUAGUGUCGAUGUAACAUCUGUUAUAUCUGAAUUUGAGACUAAAGAAUUAGAAGAAUAUUUGGAAGAUACUUGGAUAAUAUCAGCCAUUAGUCGUAUUCAAAAAGAUUUAUUAUUGGAUCAUGCCAAAUCGAGAACAAAUAUUCCUAUAUAUGUUGAAGGCCCAUUCAAAAUUUGGGUUGCUGAUCAGUCAGUUGAUUAUUUUACUUUGAGAGCAGAUCCAAUAAAGAGAACCAAGAAAUAUGAAGAUAUUGAUGACGUUAGUAACAUCAAAAUUCCAUUUUGGAAGACUCAAGAGAUUGCUGUAGAACCUACGGUGCACGAUCAAGAUGACGGUGUUUAUUUUGCAGUAUGUGCCACUGGUACAUCUAGUAAAGAUUCAGCAGUAUCUUGGAUUAGAUUUUUACAGAAGGAUAAUCCUAUUUUAGAAAAAAUUCCUAUACUUAUAAAAUUGUCAUCAUCGGUGGAAACGGAAAUUGUUAUUAUGAAUGCUAACAUGAAUUUACAAAAGAAAAUUAACAAUAAUAGUGUUGAUAGUGGAAAGUCAUUGGACAAAUUCACCAAAUAAACUUUAUCUCGAUAAUUUUGAGAAUAAUACAGUUUGUUUGUCGGGUGACGAUUAUGAGAUAUUAACAGAAUGUCAUCCAUGUGAUGCCUUUGAA